CUUUGGCGUCGGGGCAGCCCGGGCGCCCGGAGGGGCAGGUGCUGGGGGCAGUCCGACCCCAGGUGACCACUGACUGACUGAGUGGACUGGGCGCUCGCUGUGCCAGACGCUGUGCAAGGCGCUUGGUGUGCCUUUCCCAGUCCUCCCGGCCGUCCUGGAGCACAUGACUUAGGAGUAACACUUUGUGACAUGGAGGAAUCUGCACUGACCCUCGACACGAUAGAUGUUUCUUACCUGCCAAGUUCAUCAGAAUACAGCGUUGGCCCUUGUAAGCAUGCAAGUGAGGAAUGGGGUGAAUAUGGUUUCAGAUCUACUGUCUUCAGAUCUGCAACCUUAAAAUGGAAAGAAAGCCUAAUGAGCCGGAAAAGGCCAUUUGUCGGAAGAUGUUGUUAUUCCUGUACGCCCCAGAGCUGGGAUAAGUUUUUCAACCCCACUAUCCCAUCUUUGGGUUUGCGGAAUGUCAUUUAUAUCAAUGAAACUCACACGAGGCACCGAGGAUGGCUGGCAAGGCGUCUUUCUUACGUGCUUUUUGUUCAAGAGCGAGACGUCCAUAAAGGCAUGUUUGCCACCAACGUGACAGAAAACGUACUGAACAGCAGUCGAGUGCAAGAUGCCAUUGCAGAAGUGGCUGCUGAAUUAAACCCUGAGGGCUCUGCUCAGCAGCAAUCCAAAGCCAUCAAUAAAGUGAGAAAGAGAGCCAAAAGGAUCCUUGAAGAAAUGGUCGCCACUGUCUCACCAGCAAUGAUCAGACUGACUGGAUGGGUGCUGCUAAAACUGUUCAACAGCUUCUUUUGGAACAUUCAAAUUCACAAGGGUCAACUCGAGAUGGUUAAAGCUGCAACCGAGAUGAAUUUGCCGCUUAUAUUUCUACCGGUUCAUAGAUCCCACAUCGACUAUCUGCUGCUCACCUUCAUUCUCUUCUGUCAUAACAUCAAAGCACCAUACAUUGCUUCGGGCAAUAACCUCAACAUCCCCAUCUUCAGUACCUUGAUCCAUAAGCUUGGGGGCUUUUUCAUACGACGGAGGUUGGAUGAAACACCAGAUGGACGGAAGGAUGUUCUCUAUAGAGCUCUGCUCCACGGGCACAUAGUGGAACUACUUCGACAGCAGCAGUUCUUGGAGAUCUUUCUGGAAGGCACACGCUCCAGGAGUGGGAAAACCUCCUGCGCUCGGGCAGGACUCUUGUCAGUUGUGGUAGAUACUCUGUCAACCAAUACCAUCCCCGACAUCUUGAUAAUACCCGUGGGCAUCUCCUACGAUCGUAUCAUCGAAGGUCACUACAAUGGCGAACAGCUGGGAAAACCUAAGAAGAACGAGAGCCUGUGGAGCGUAGCCAGAGGCGUCAUCAGAAUGUUACGGAAAAACUAUGGGUGUGUCAGAGUGGAUUUUGCACAGCCAUUUUCCUUAAAGGAAUAUUUAGAAAACCAGAGUCAGAAACCUGUGUCUGCCCCACUGUCUCUGGAACAAGCCUUGCUACCAGCUAUACUUCCUUCAAGACCCAAUGAUGCUGCUGCUGAAGGUGCCGAGCCGUCCCCUGAUGAGUCCAGCAAUGAGACAGAGGAGUCGUUCCGGAGAAGACUGAUCGCGAAUCUGGCUGAGCACAUCCUCUUCACUGCUAGCAAAUCCUGUGCCAUUAUGUCAACACACAUCGUGGCCUGCCUGCUCCUCUAUAGACACAGGCAGGGAAUCGAUCUCUCCACAUUGGUGGAGGACUUCUUUGUGAUGAAGGAGGAAGUGCUGGCCCGUGAUUUUGACCUGGGGUUCUCGGGAAAUUCCGAAGAUGUGGUCAUACAUGCCAUACAGCUGCUGGGAAAUUGCGUCACAAUCACCCACACCAGCAGGAAUGAUGAGUUUUUUAUUACUCCCAGCACAACUGUCCCAUCAGUCUUUGAACUUAACUUCUACAGCAACGGCGUCCUGCACGUCUUUAUCAUGGAGGCCAUCAUAGCCUGCAGCCUUUACGCAGUCCUGAACAAGAAGGGUGCGGGCGCGCCUGCCGGUGGGGCCUCCUCCCUGAUCAGCCAGGAGCAGCUGGUGCGGAAGGCGGCCAGCCUGUGCUACCUGCUGUCUAACGAGGGCACCAUCUCUCUCCCCUGCCAGACGUUUUACCAAGUCUGCCAUGAAACAGUGGGGAGGUUCCUCCAGUACGGCAUUCUCACGGUCGCAGAGCAAGAUGACCAAGAAGACGUCAGCCCUGGUCUUGCUGAGCAGCAGUGGGACAAGAAGCUUCCCGAACCUUUGUCCUGGAGAAGCGAUGAAGAAGACGAAGACAGUGAUUUCGGUGAGGAGCAGCGAGACUGCUACCUGAAGGUGAGCCAAUCCAAGGAGCACCAGCAGUUCAUCACCUUCCUGCAGAGGCUGCUCGGCCCGUUGCUGGAGGCCUACAGCUCCGCUGCCAUGUUCAUCCAUAACUUCAGCGGGCCCAUCCCGGAGCCAGAGUACCUGCAGAGGCUGCACAAAUACCUCAUAACGAGAACAGAAAGAAAUGUUGCUGCCUAUGCUGAGAGUGCCACAUACUGUCUCGUGAAGAAUGCUGUGAAAAUGUUUAAGGAUAUUGGGGUUUUCAAAGAGACCAAACAAAAGAGAGUGUCUAUUUUGGAACUCAGCAGCACUUUCCUACCUCAGUGUAACCGGCAGAAACUCCUGGAAUAUCUUCUGAGCUUUGUGGUGCUGUAAUAACGAGCGGCCGGCAGGUGAAGGGCGUGCACGAGCCCCGGGUGGGCUCAGCCCUUUAUGGCUCCAGGUGGGAGGUGCGUCCUGUGGCCAGGCCUGCCCUGCCCUGACGUGGCCUCCUGGAAAGCAAGUGCCUUCUCCCCUCCGUGGGCCUGUGACCAUCCCGACCGAGGCGCACAGCGGCCCGCAGAUGACGCUCUGGGGGCCCCCAGCCUCCGCUUGCAGUUCCUAAUCAGUAGAUGACAAAAUGAAAUCUCAGAAAAGAUUUCGGAGUUUAUUAAAGAUUUACAUUUUAAGUAUAACUGUUAAGGACUAAUUACUGUGAAGGACGAAAAAAAUGUAGUUGUACUAGUAUUCUAGAACUGAAUCUUGUGUGAUACUUAAUGCUGUCGGGGAAUUCAUUGGUAUAUUUUCUGAUUAACUUAAUCUUCCUCUAAAAAUAAUUGUCAACCCAAAGUGCUUUACGAAAGAAUGGGCAGGUGUACAUCACACCCAGGUAUCCCUGUGCUGGUCAGAUUGAGGACGUGUUUUCAGAGCUACAUGAAAACACAAUGUUAGAUCAGGUCAGGGAUGGAGAUAACAUGGUCACAUAUCUGACACGAGGAAGUACCUUUGGCUGGCAGGAUUCAAGGUGAACUUGGCCAGAAAACUGACUUUGACAACUUUUGCGCAGAUAAAAAUGUACCACUGCGUUUAAAUGACCAGCAAGUAUUUAGGAAUGACUUCCGUUUCUUAGCUGUGUCCUCCCCCCCUCCCGCCCCUCCCCCCCGGGUGGUCCCUCCUCUCACAGGUACAGCUGUUCCUUGGAGAUCCCCCAACCACAGCAGCUGUGCCGGCGUGGUUGGCUUGGCCUGCGAGACUUGUUGGCAGAAAGGGCUCUGGCCGAGGCUGCCGGCACAGGGCUCCCUGUGCUGCACACAGCGUGUGCAUGAGCCUGGUCGGGGGCCUGGUCCCCACUCGGGGAGGGCAGUGUGCCCCCCGUGCGGCCUCCGUGGUGGCCUGAUGCCUGGUGAAUGGUUGGAGACAUUUAUGGGUCUUUAGCUGUGAGGCAAAAUCAAGGUUCUUUAAAAAUUUAAUGGGUUAUAUGCCUCAACCCUGAUGCCGCGUAGCAGCAAAUCAUGAAAACUUGUCUGUUCAUAACAGAGGUGCCUUUUUGUGAGUGGGGAGCAUAAGUGUUCAUUAAUUUUGGUAAUUUCUGGUGAUUUCUUAAAGAUGUGUUAUUAAAACAUUUUCUCACAGCUCAUUGUUCCCCCUCUCCAAGGUAUUAUGGGAUGAGGGACUCUCCUAAUGAAUAUUGCAUAUCGUCUUUGAAUUUAAUACAAAAGUACUGAGAAUGAAGUUUGUGCUUUCAUAAGCUUGGAUUUUAAACACUAAUCGUAUCUCAUGAAUAUUCUGUGUUUGGGAGAGGGAAGGGUACUGACUAAUAUUUCACUUUGAAUGAAAUAAUCUCAUUUGGAACUCAUAGCAAUAAGGUUGUGCUGCUGCAACCUCCACUCUCCAUUUCGAACAUCCUUUCUUGGUAGGAACUCGUGUACCAUUCAGCUACCGUCAGUGUUGUCGGCUCCGGGGUGGAGUGUGGACUUCACCUUGUGGCUUCUGUUUUACUAACUGGGCGUUCUGCGUCUGGGGGAACACACGGGGAGGCGUAGUUAUCCCCUUGGGUGCUCCCUAUGUAGGCCAGCAAACGUGUCGCUAGACUCUUGCAUUCAUCCCCUCCAUUAGCGAUCAAGGUUACUCAGACCGCCUCUUGCUUCUCCAGAAUGUCACAGUUGGCAGACUUCCUAGCGGCUGACGGUGCUGCCCUGCUUGUGAUUCUGCUAGAGCCGCGGCCAGGCCAGCCCGAGCAGGGACCACGGCUUCAGCUUCUCUGGUUCUGUUUUCCCUCUCGGUUGGUUCAAUUUCUAGGAAUCUAAUCAGAUGCUUUGGGGAAUGCAAUGUAUGGUUCACUAGCUCCCUCGCCACUCAGCUCGGUGAGAAUAAAUAUGCAUGCUUUUUUGUAAUUAA